AUGUCUCUUCUAAUGUAUAAAUUAUUUGAAUUUGUUAAUUAGAAAAAUUCUAUUAAUAUUUUAUUAUAUUUAUGGAAUUAUUCUCUCCUUCUAUCUAUAUGCUCAACUUUCACUAAUCCCUUUCUGCUCUACUUCUAAUUCAUAAUCCAUACUAAAUAAAUAAAUAAAUUUCUUAUUGUAAAAUUUAAUCAAUUAUUCUAACAAAUAGACUUACUGCAUUUCUACCACCCUAGUAACAAACAAACAAAAAAUAACCUUGCUUUCUUGCAAAUAGCCAGGGAUUUAUCUGCAAAAGAGUUGACAAAUAAUAAUUCGCGAUUGCUGCUCAUUUAAGCGCCUGAAGCACCAACGAUUACUUCAUCUGAUUUCAAAAUUGAUUUAGCUUCAUAUAAAUUAGUUAGAGGAUUUAGUUUAAUUUCAAAUAUUUCGCUUCCAAACUUAACAGCUGGAGUAGAUUCUUUAUUGUUCUCAACCUUCUUGAUUUUGAAAGGGAGGAGUAGGGUAUCUACCAUAUUUGUAGUGCCUGUUGCUAAAAAUGAAUUAGAACUUUAAAUAUAGUUCACAUUGUCUACACUUAUGCCUAAUUUAAUAGUUUGUUUUAGAUCCAAACUCUACUCUGAUUCGUUAAAUUGA